GUGGUGAGUGAAAAAUAUAUGGAGUAAGCUUCAGCCAAAUAUCUCGGCCGGAUUAACUUCAAACCCGAAUAGACUAGCCUACCAAUCGUAUUUAUCAUCAAAUUUAUUUACCCGAUGACAUCUUAUCGCAAUACAGAACAUUACCCCUCCAUCCAAAAAAUUUCCCCUUAAUGAGUAACAUGCCAUCCUCACUCCCAACAAUGAAACUCAAACAUCUGGCAGAUUUCAAGCCUCAAGCAGCGACUCGAGCAUGGGCUUCCAUACCAAAUCCCAAUAAUCUACCUCUGAUUGCGACGGCGACAUCGGAUAAAUCGGUACGAGUUUAUUCUCUGAGUAAUUUCACUUUGCAUUCGAAGUUGGAGGGUGGUCAUGAGAGGAGUGUGAGAUCUGCGGCGUGGAAACCUAGUGUUAGGAAGGAUGGUGCUUCUAUUGCUACCGGGGGUUUUGAUGCAAUGAUGACUAUUGCUACGGGGAGUUUUGAUGCGACGAUGGGGGUUUGGAGAAGGAAGGAGGAGCAGAAAAAUACAAUCGAGGAUGGACCUUUGGAGUUAGAGAUUGGGGCUGAUGGGAGGCCGAAUAAAGGUCCGUCGUUGAGAAGAGGUGGUGAUGAUGGUAGCGAUGAGGAUGAGGGUGAUGAUUGGGAGUUUUCUAUUGUGUUGGAAGGUCAUGAUUCGGAAAUUAAAAAUGUGGCUUAUUCUCCUAGUGGACAAUGGUUGGCUUCUUGCUCGAGAGAUAAGACGAUUUGGAUUUGGGAAGAGAUAGGUGAUGAAGGUGAAGAUGAAUUCGAGACAGUAGCUGUCUUGCAGGAUCAUACAGCAGAUGUUAAAUGUGUUUGUUGGAGAAAAGAUGAUGGUAAUGGAGAAGUACUUGCCAGUGGUAGUUAUGAUGAUACGAUCUUAUUAUCGAAAGAGGAUGGUGAAGGGGACUGGGAGACUAUUGCAAAGUUAGAGGGUCAUGAUGGUACUGUGUGGAGUUUAGAUUGGGAGCCUGAUGUUUCGAUAAAGUCAGAUUCAAGCGAAGAAUCACCAAUAACACCUACUCCACGACUUCUCUCCUCGUCUGCAGAUAUGACAGUUCGAAUUUGGUCAAGAGUGCCUACACCACCUCCACAAAAUAAACCAUCUUACUUCAACGCAGGAAUUCCCAGCACAAUGCGACCUGGACCUGAAAACGAGACUUGGGAAUGUACCGCAACGCUUCCAAAAGUACACGAUCUACCAGUCUACAGCAUCAAUUGGAGUAAACAUUCUGGUCGAAUAGUAUCUACAAGUGGUGAUGGCAGGAUAGCAAUCUACGAAGAACGUACUAAGGGAAGAGAUACUGUUGGCGGCACUAUUGAAAAGGAAUGGGUAGUCCUUACCGUUUUAGAGGGUGCUCAUGGACCUUAUGAAGUUAACCAUGUUACUUGGUGUAUGAGAUAUGAUAGUGGCAAGAAGAAGCCAGAUGAAGAAAUGAUUAUCACCACGGGUGAUGAUGGACUUACCAAGGCUUGGUUUAUCGAAGAGAACAUUGAGGAAACUAAAGUAGAAGCAUAAUGAUACGAAUAACGGGCUAGUUUCACGAGAGAUAUCGGGUUUGUACAAAGUCGUCGGGUCGGGUUAUAAGUGUAAUUAUAAGCAUAGCGUCGGCGUUGUGUAGGGUUAGAAUUGCUGGGAAUAUAUAUACUUACACAAAAGGUAGAUGGCAAUUAGACAAGAUGAUUGAUUAUUUGCAUGGUGGGAUCAU